AUGAUUUUACGGUUACAGCGUUAUGAACUCGAUGUUGUGCAUUUGCCCGGAAAAUGUAUCCCCGUGGCUGAUACCCUGUCGCGCAAGUUUCUAUCGGACACUUACCCUGGUCUUUCUGAUAGUUUUGAGGCACAAGUUCACAUGAUUUUUUCUAGUCUACCGAUUAGUGAUAGAAAGAUAAAGGAAAUCGAAAAGGCCACGUUGUCAGACCCCCAGUUUGAUAUUUUAAAAUCUGUUAUUCUUGAAGGUUGGCCACAAUGUCGUAGUGAAUGCCCAGCACAAAUUUUAGAAUUUUGGAACCAUAGAGAUGAACUUUCUGUGAAUAGUGGUAUUAUUUUCAAGGGACACAAAAUUGUUAUUCCAACUAGUUUGAGGGCCCUCAUGUUAGACAAAAUUCAUACGGGGCACAUUGGAGUAGAGAAAUGUAUUCGCAGAGCUCGUGAUGUUCUCUUUUGGCCUAAAAUGUCAUUGCAUAUCUCGGACAUGGUGUUAAAGUGUUCAGUUUGUUUGGAACGUAGAAAUUCUAAUGUUAAAGAACCAUCAGAACCGCACAAAAUUCCACAAUAUCCUUGGCAAGUUGUAGCAACUGAUCUUUUUUAUUGGAAUAAUGCCGAUUACAUUGUAAUAGUUGAUUAUUAUAGUCUCUAUUUAGAGGUCCAUAAACUUUAUGGUACUACAAGUACAACUGUUAUUAAUAAGUUGAAGGGAACAUUUUCUAGACUUGGUAUUCCUGAGACCGUUGUUUCUGACAAUGGUCAUCAGUAUUCAUCCCAAGAGUUUAGUGAAUUUGCGAAAAAAUGGGAUUUUAAACAUGUAACAUCCAGUCCCCAUUACCCUCAAUCUAAUGGGUUGGCAGAGAAAACGGUACAAACUGUAAAAAACAUGUUUAAUAAAUGUAAAAAGGAUGGUAAGGACCCAUAUGUAGCGCUCUUGGAGCAUCGCACAACUCCUUUGGAUAUCGGAUAUACCCCUUCACAGUUACUGAUGUGCAGAAAACUCAGAUCAGUUCUACCUGUCACUCAAGAGGGACUUAUACCAAAAACACCUAUUUAUAACGAAGUUCAGAAUAAAAUUGAUUGUAAAAAGUCUUAUGAAAAAAAAUAUUAUGACAAGGGCUCAAAACCACUAAAAUCUUUAAAUUCCGGAGAUUCUGUCAGAAUAAGGGGAAGUAAUGGACUCUGA